AUGUCUUCCACUACAAUGUCUCUCGCGCGAGCAUUCACCAAGCGCACCAAACGCAGCGUAGACCCUCAGACUCCUCAACGUGGUGCCAGUGUCCGAUACCCACAAGGAACCAUCAACCGCAGUCUCAUUUCCCUUCCCACCGAGUUGAUUUCAACCACCAAUGUGCAAGCCUUGACGGCUCCAGACAUUCGAAAUAUGUCGUCCACGACUGGCUCCAUCUCUUCUGGCAAUGAUUCCGAUUUCUCCACCAUCGACCGAAGCUUCCUCAACCGUUCCAGCAACGAUUACUCUUCCGUUGACAGCAGUGGUCCAGGAACCCCAAUCACACCUGCAACGGAUGAUGUCAAAUCAUUCUUCGACCUGAAGCAAUCAGUCCCCCUGCUACCCGCCAUCGCCUCGCCGCCUGCCCUCGAUGCGCCUGUGGUCCCGACACGUGCUCCGUCUCAUUCCAAAAAGGCGCAUGUCGAAUUGUCGCGAAAGAGAUCCAUCCAACGCAUGUCGCCACCUCCGUCGAGCCUCACCAAGCCCUCUGUCCGGGACAGCGCAGACAUCUUCGGCUCGACCACGGACCCCAAUCAUCCCUUUGGGAGGGAGCUGGCGCAGGUUAACGAGAUUGCGGAGGAGUUCGGUGCGACCGCCAGAUUACUGGAUGAAGAAGAGCAAGAAAUUAUGAGCAAAGGACUGUGCAAAUUCGGGGUGGAAGAUUACCUGGACGAAAUCGCUGGACUAUACGGUGGUAUCUUUGAGGACCAACUUGGGUCACUGGCAAAGCCGUGGAUCUGA